UGACUAUUGACUUCAUUGACACAUCUGAAUCUGACACAAUGCCACAAUGGCCGAUUCAGAAGGAUUUCAGAAAGUGUCCUAUAAAGGCCAUAAACGGAAAACAAUCAAAUCCAAACUUGCUGGAAAUAAAAAUAUUUGUAUGUCUUUGAAAAAUACGUCUCUAGUUUCUCAUUCUCAGCGAGAAUCUUUCAUUAGGAGAAUAUUGGAUGCAAAAGUAGAAUUGUCAAAAACAGAUCUUCACGAUUCUAUAGUCGCAUCUCUUAGAGAAGGUCUGUGUGCAUUGAAGACUGAAAGAAUUUGUGAGAUUGUAUCCUUUGGUCUUGGUCAAAUCAGUGAAUGUGUUACAUCACGUUACCAAUUUGCACUGUUACUGUGCUUGCAAGACUUUUUAAAUGUAAAAAUCAUUGCAUAUGAUCCUAUAUUCACAGAACUCGAUAUAGAACUGUUGAAUCAUUUUGAAGUAACAGUCUUGAAGGAAAAUACAGAAGGCAAAUAUAAGGUUUCUUCCAAAGAACCAGUUUUGUUUUUUCUUCCUCACUGCCCAAAACAGUUGACAAAUAACUUACUAUGGGAUAACUGGGGUUUAUAUUUGCAAUCUUGUAUAAUAAUAGCCAACAGUUUCACUACUAUUGUAGAGAGCAACUCCUCAAGAAUCCUCAAAGAAAGUGCUGAAUAUAUUUUGAAGAUAUUACCUCAUGUUCUUGAACUACCACUGAUCAAUAGUUUCAAGUUCAGUGAAAUAUUCAAUGACUUAGCUAUUCAUUUUUUUCCGAAUUUGGAAUUUGUAUGUCAAGACCUAUGGGAUACAGCUCCUGAACCAAAAUAUGUAAAAAGUGAUAUAGAAUUUAUCACAAAAAACUCAGAUAAUUCAUUAAUUUGAUGUAUUUCUACAGAAUUCUGAUAUGGCAGCUAAAAUAAGCCUUCUCAGACAAUUAAUUACUGAAUUGCGUUAUGCAUUGCCUAAAGGAGGCUUGAAAAAUAACCUGGCCCUCCAGUACAUAGUGGGUCAAUUCAAGAAAUACAAGACCACAGAUGAACAACUUUGCAAAGCUAGAGAAGAAAUGGAGUCCAUGGCAAGAGCAUAUCUUUGUUACCUGCAGAGCUCCAGACUGGAACAUAAAAUUCAUAAUGAAUAUCAUGGGAAAGGGGAACGUACUGUAGCUGAAACUUCUAAAAUGGUUGGAUUCAAACUCCCACAUGAUCCUAAAUGAUUUCUUUUAUAGAAGUAUGAUUACAUAAUAAUGUGUAAAUUUUGUCAAUGUAGAUACUAUUCAUGGUUAGUAAUAUAAAUUCAGGUUAUAAUAUGAA